GUUCAACUUGCGAUGCACUCUGUGGGCAUCUGCGGCACGGAUGUCCACGUCCUGACGGAAGGGUCCCUCGGUCAGUCCGUGCUGACCGGUCCCACGGUCUCCGGCCACGAGGCCAGCGGAACAGUGCGGCAGGUCGGAGAGGGGGUCACCCAUCUAGCAGUCGGUGAUCGGGUGGCCAUAGAGCCGUGUAUAUCGUGCAGGUACUGUACCAACUGUAAGGCGGGUCGGUACUACCUGUGUCCCCGCCUGAAGGCCUGCUCCAUCCCCCCGGUCCACGGCUUAAUGUGCAGGUACAAGGUUCACCCUGCCGACCUAUGCUACAAGCUGCCUGAUAACGUGAGCCUGGAGGAGGGAGCGCUGUUGGAGCCUCUGUCGGUGGCUGUGCACGCCUGCAACAGGGGCAGGGAUUAUGUAGAUAUCAAUGCCAAGAGGCUGGAGGUCGCUCAGCAGAUGGGAGCCCACGUGACCGUGCACGUGACGUCACGUGACAGCCAGGCAAUGGCGGACCAGGUGGUUCGAGCUUUGGGCGGACAUGCUGACGUCACCAUUGAGUGUUCCGGGGCAGAGGCCGCCGUACAGACAGGGAUAUAUGCCACUAAGUCCGGAGGCGUGAUGGUGCAAGUCGGUCUGGGCGCAGACAUGAUCACCAUCCCACUUGUUGACGCUGCCUUGAGGGAGGUUGACAUCAGGGGCACUUUUGCCUACCCCAACUGCUACCCUACCGCCCUGUCUAUGGUAGCCUCGGGCCAGGUGAACGUCAAGCCUCUGGUCACUCACCGCUACAGCCUGGAACAGGCGCUGGAGGCCUUCGAAGUCGUGAAGAGAGGGGAAGGGAUCAAAGUCAUGGUGAAGUGUGACAAGACCAAUGUUUGAAACAAGAGGAAGCAGACGCGCGAAAAUGACAUCAGUACAUGGACCUGUACAUUUAUUUCAAGCAGAAUGGAGAUAUACACUGCAGAUCACGUGUUGUGAACACACUAUUCAUUGUCAUCUUACGUACCAUCUGCACCGGUGUAUCGUAUAUCAUCAUAUAGCCAAAACACAUCGACCAAUCAGAAGGCUUCAUUUCCCAUUGGGUAUCAGUCCGUAACCUCAUCAAAAGUGGUCGGUAAUCAGAAUAACUGACCACUUAUUUGACCGCACGAUUUUACAGGCGACAGGACACUAAUAUUAGUAGUAUUUAUUUAAUACAAAUGUAUUGCAGCUUAAUUUUGUUUAAAACUACAACACAAUGAAAAAGAUAUAAGUGGUCUUAAAACAGAAAUAGACUAAACAUAAUUUUUGACACCCCCAAUAAAAGUGGUAUUAUUCUAA